ACGAAGAUAGUGAUGAUGAAAAAUAUCAUUUUCGUUAUUUUAACACAAUCACUUUUUAUAAUUUGUCAUUAGAAUUAAUAUACAAUGCAUUUGGUGGUAUUUGAUAAAGCUUUUUUAUUUUUUUAAACUGUUGUUUGUUUUUUGGCGGAGGGAUAUUUGCUCGACCGCUUGAGCGUGGAGGGUGAUUUGAAUCAUAUAGUGCUCCAGUCUCUUGGAAAUUAACUUUUGUUGAUGCACAGACGUCUGCCGGGACGUAACUUAGUGGCCUUAUAUGACAUUUUACACCCAUAUACAGUUAUACUUAUAUAGGUAACCUACAAGAUGACUACAGUAGAGACAAUCACUGCCGGCACAAAAGAAGACCAGGAGAACAUGCCUCCCUUAAAGGAUUGUACACCCUCUGCUGUAAAUGAACCAGCAGUUCCCCUGAAUUUCCCUGGACUCACACCAAGUCAGUUUGGCAUAUCUGUGGGGAGUUUCACCCCAUCAUCGUCCUCCAACUUAAAAGAUAAGUCUCGUCUUGCACAGAUAAAAGCGAGGCGAAGAUCCAGCAUUGGCGUGCGCGGAUCCCCGGAGACAAAUUCCCUUAUCCGCUUCAUGGCACAGCACAGGAUGAAGACCCCGCCAACGUCACAAACUCCAGAGCGCUGGCCACGUUUGGACUGGUCAGCAGAGCCGCACGCCAUGCUGAGGAGGUGGCUCCAGAAGCUUCUGAGCGCUUUGUUUGACAGUGAAAGCCACAGGGUGUCUGCUCCUCAUGGGCCUGUUGGAGGUACCCCGUUCUUCCCUCGCGUCGCCUCGACGCUGAGGCAGAAGAUGGCCUCCUUCCAGAGCCUGAUGGAUGGCGUGGAGAGUGACGCCUGUGAUCCGGUGCCAGCCCAGGACCACGGCACGGGAGGAUGCAUCAGGACAGGAGAUUAUCGUUCUGAUGGGAUCAGCUGUAGCGCCGGGAAGGAGAACGACCCUCCGACAAAGCCCACGCCCAGCAAGAGGAGGCGCCUCGGCCCCCCCGAAAGCUGCAGCGGGCAGAUUAGCGAGGCGGCUUUUCCUGUCCCCCUCCCCGGUCUGAAGGAGGAAGAGGCGGCUGCCUGUGGAGCUCAAAGCCCCGGCCGCCCACCCUGCGGGGAUCAUGCGGGUGCUUCAGGACCCCAGCGCUCCCCCGCCUCUCUUCCUCCCCCGGCGGAGAUGAAACCUUCAGGGGAGGCUGAUCCCGCCACGGCCUCAGCGGCGAAGAAGAAGAAGCAGGUGCGCUUCGGAGGUCCUCUCUCCCCUGAGUUCUUCGACAAGAAUUUACCCCCAAACACCCCCUUACUGAGGGGGGGCACCCCGGCCCGGGGAGCCACCCCGGGCGGGAGCGCAGCGCUGCGCUCGCUGCUGAGGACGCCCCAGAGGAGCCCGUCCCAAACAACCCCCCCACAGCCGGAGCGCCACAGCCCCAACGGGGGCGGAGCCUCCCCGACGUUCGCCAUACCGCGCGGGGGGGGAGAAGGAGCGCACGGAAAGGUCGUGGAGGAUUCUGACGAGACGGCGCCGGCCGACACAGAGUGCAUCUUUGAUACCCGGCCACUGAAUUUAGACGCUGCUUUCCUCGAGGAGUCGCUCUCUCAUGCUCCGUCAAAGUUGGAGACCAAAUCUAAUGAAAGCUUCCAGACAGCUGUCGUGAAUGGGUGUGAAUUUACACCAGAAGAGAAACAACCACAGGCAGGUGCUGAGGGCCCAGCUCCAGCCCUUACCAGUAAGAGAAGAAGAAAGUUGCAGACCAGUCCAGAAGAGGAACCGGCCACUGAGGCUCCACCCCGCUCCCAGCGAAAGAGAAAGAGUUCUGCUUUAACGCGGGCUCAGGCCACCCCUCUGGCCCCCCAGCAGCCGGCGGAGAGCCAAGCCCCGAAGAGGUCGACGCGCUCUGCCGCCAAGUCGGCCUGCGGGAGGAUCAAGGUGGCGUCCGCCGCCGUUCGACGCUGGAGCAAAGGCGUGGACCGCUCUCUGUACGGCUCGCGCUCCUACGCCUCCAAGAACCCGGCGCUGAGUCCCAUCACGGAGCGGCGGCCACUCAGCUGGCCGGCGCCGGACGCCUGGGCCUCAGAUGAAGAAUCUGUUGAAGAAGCUGCAGGGACGGGUUCUGCCUCCCCUACCGGGCUGUUUGGGUCAGCAGGCAGAGCGGGAGGCCUGAGGAAGAGGCCCAGUGAGGAGCUCCAGGACCACACAGACGGAGAUCAGACCUCCGUCCAGCUCCAGCUUUUAAGACAAGAAGAACCCGUCGAUGAAGCAGAACUUUGCGUCCAGAUUUCUGCCGACGCCCGUCACCCCCAGCCCGAACUCUGUGACGCUCUGCAGGCAUCGCCCUCAGCCUGCCCCCCUCCAGGGGAGGGGUCGGCUAACCCUGAGCCGGCGCCCGGCAGAGCCAGACGCGGCAGGAGGAGCUCGGCUCCACGCGGGCCGCCAGAAGAACGCCAAAGCGUCCGGGCCGUGGAUGAGGACGGACAGGGGGGCCCAGCAGAUGACCAACAGGAGCAGCUCCUGUCAGCCCCCGCCAGCCUGGAGGAAGCGGGGGCCCCCGGCGUGGAGCUCGCCCCCUGGCAGACCGAUUUUAACUUUGAAGACGUGUUCCGGGCGGUGUCCACCAGAGGGCAGCGCUCAGUGCGCCGCAGCCUGAGGAACCAGAGCUCGGAGCAGAGCGCCGCCGGGGCAGGACUGGCCUGGCUGCCGCACACCUCCCCCGAGGCCAGAAGGGAGGCCCGCAGGAGGGGCCGCAGCCGCCGCCGGCCGAGCGCCGCUCCGCCCGUCCAGCACGUCCAGCCCCCCCUCCCCGAGGACACGCAGGACCCCUCAUUAAAGGAGCCCUCUCCGAAGGGCAGCGACUAA